UCGUGUUCAGUUAUUCAUCUAACAAAAAGCAUCAGCUAUGGCUCGUACCAAGCAGACCGCUCGUAAGUCUACCGGAGGAAAGGCUCCUCGCAAACAGUUGGCCACCAAGGCUGCUCGUAAGAGCGCUCCAGCCACCGGAGGAGUGAAGAAGCCCCACCGUUACCGACCAGGAACCGUCGCGCUGCGUGAGAUCCGCCGUUACCAGAAAUCCACCGAACUGCUGAUCCGCAAGUUGCCUUUCCAGCGUCUGGUGCGUGAGAUCGCUCAGGACUUCAAGACCGAUCUGCGCUUCCAGAGCUCGGCCGUCAUGGCCCUGCAGGAAGCCAGCGAGGCCUAUCUGGUCGGUCUGUUCGAAGAUACCAACCUGUGCGCCAUCCACGCCAAGCGUGUCACGAUUAUGCCAAAGGACAUCCAGCUGGCUCGCCGUAUCCGUGGUGAACGGGCUUAAAUGCUCUUAAUAGUGGAAUACAACAUCCAUCCGUGAUCUCAAGAUGAAAGUCUAUCAACAAAACGGCCCUUUUCAGGGCCACAAACUACAUUUCACAAGAAAGAGUUGAACAGAAUUUU